AUGGGGAUGGGUCUGAGGGCGAUGAGGACGGGAGGCACUCGCCUGAAAGAGGUAGACGGGGUGACGGAGACGGGCGUGAUGGACGCGAGGGUCAAGGGCGCUCGAGAAGGGUCGCGUCGAUCAGGCGACCGCAUCGGGACAGCGGAAAUGCGGAUCGAGAGGAGGGAGAGUCGCCUUACCACCGCCCUCAUCUACCUGUCGAUCACUCCCCUCUUCUCUCGCCUCAUGCCGCACUUGACUACGGGGAGCACGGUCAUCAGUCCAGUCGGACCCGGCGCGAAUCACAGAACGAGCAUCAGCACAGGUCAUCCGAGCACCACCAGCACCAGCACCGUCAUCACAGUCAGGCUGCGCAUAGUCAGGCUGGGUAUGAUGACCGCGCGGACCUGCACGAGCACCACCAUCAUCAGCGACACGGGCACGGACACCGCCGUGCGAACUCGGAGCAAGGCCUCAUGCCUCAUCACCAGCAUCUCCCAACAUCCUUACCACCAUCAACAUCCCGAGUAUGAGCACCAGCAACAGCAACAGCAUCAACACCAGCAUCAACAUCCCAUUUCGGCGGGCUCGAGGCGCAACCCCGAUGGGUACGGCGGUAAACAGCCCUUCCCUGUCCAGGCGGACGGAGCGCAGAGCGUACAGCCGCUCAUGCACCAGCAGCACAUGGGUAUGGGCAUGGGCAGUAUGGGUAUGGGGAUGGCGGCGCCUGGACCGGGACCGGGCCCGGGCUUUGACGAUGGAGCGAGCGCAGCGGGGACGGCUAUGACGUUUAUGGAUGGGCAGAUGGGCGGGCGGGUGAGUCAGUAUGGGUUGCCCAAGUAUGCGCAUAACCCCAAAGUUGACUAUAGGCGCUUCUGUGUGCAAAGGGGUAAUGCAGAUGUGUUUAUCGAUUGA